CUUUUUUGUUCAUGAUUUCAGUUCAUUCACCAAAAAUGGCACAAAAAACAGUUUAUGUUCAGAGGUUAAUGCAAAUGAAUUACAAAUCAGCCUGGGAUUAUCAAAAGAAGAUUGCAGCAAAGGUUCAGGAGAAUGUGAAGAUGAAAAAAGAGCCGUGUCAUACACUGCUUCUUGUUGAACAUUUGCCUGUAUAUACAACAGGUAUCCGUGACGUGUAUUCAGAAGAAGAUGAAACACGGCUACGGUCUCUCGGAGCAGAGUUUUACCGUACUAAUCGUGGUGGCCUUAUUACUUUUCAUGGACCUGGCCAGAUGGUUGCCUAUCCAAUUUUGCACCUGGCCUCAUUCCAGCCUGGCAUUAAAUGGUAUGUUUGUGCACUAGAAAGAACCAUCAUACGAACUUGCCGAUCCCUAGAUGUCCUGGCAAACACAUCCCCCCACACAGGAGUUUGGGUGGGUGACAAUAAAAUAUGUGCUGUAGGUAUUCAGGGACGUCAUGUAACUACACAUGGGAUAGCUUUAAAUUGUAACACAGAGUUACACUGGUUUCAGAACAUAGUUCCCUGUGGAAUACCAGACAAAGGAGUUACAACUCUAAGUAAGGAACUGAAUCGUAAUGUUGGAGUGGAAGAGGUAGUGCCCCACUUUUUAAAAGCUUUUGCUGAUAUUUUCCAAUGUAAAUUAGUGGAGGAAUUCUAUGAAAACAAGACCUCAUGAUGGUAAUCAAGUGAGUUACUAUUUACUAAGUUAUAUAGUGUAUUAUAAACAAUUAAGUUAUAGAGUGUAUUAUAAAGAAAACUGUCUGGAACUCAUAUAGUUAAGAGUUACUACUGACAAAAUUUUUGUAAAUAAAUUUUCAGUUGGAUGCAGUUUUCAAGAUUGCAUUAUUUGUGUUUGUAAAGCUUGGAGUAUGGAUGAAAAAAAAAAUAAAAUGUUACUAGAAGUA